CUCUCUAAUCCUUCAUUCCCUGUACAGCUACUGCUCUGUCCACCUCCAGUUUUUUUCUCUCUUUCUGAAUAACCACCCAUCAAACAGCAACCAUGACACAGCUGGAGACAUCCGUGGCUUGCAUGAUGAAGGUCUUUGAUACGUAUGCAGGAAAGGAGGGAAAACCGGACAGCCUAACAAAAGCCGAGGUCAAGGCUCUGCUGGAAAACGAGCUGCCUGGACUGCUCAAGGGAGCACAAAAUCAAGAAGACCUGGACAAAUUGUUCAAAGAGCUGGACUUUAAUGGAGACGGUGAGGUCGACUUCAACGAGUUCAUGGUGCUGGUAGCUUCUAUCACCUGCGUCUGCCAUGGCCGCCCUUGCAAGAAGUGAGCGUAGCGACCACACCCUGGGAACAACAGCAACAACUCCCUAGUAUCUCUGCAAUGCCUCUUGUUAUGUAACAGCUGAAUAAAGGGAUUUAUCUACCUGCA